UGGCAGUGCCUUGACUUUCAACGAAGACGAUGCUUUCGGCUGCGGGAUUGAUCUGCGUGGAAACAGCCAAUCGUUCCUCAAGCGACAUGCAGCUAUGCAAGCAGGUGUCGAUCGAGAUGCCGGCCUUCUCCAGCCAGGAGUGCGUCUCCUGCACAUCCGUGCCGGUGCCGGAGGUUCCGCCUCACGGUGCACGCAUCCUGGUGGCCUACGCGGGCGCCUGCUACCGUUUGCCUGAUUCUGCACCAUGCAACGCGGACGACGAAUGCACCGAAAGAGCGCCUAGGAGUCCGGCGAACUACGGACUUAGGGACGGUGCUCUUUUUGCCGGUUACGAAGUAUCCGGAAUAAUUGAAGCCUUAGGUAGCAAAGUGGACAAAAACAGUGACUUUUCAUGUGGUGAUAGAGUAAUAAUUUUUCCUUACAAUGGAAUUCCUCAUGGUUAUGCUGAAUACGUGGCUGUUCCUGAACUCAACUACCUCAUACGGGUACCUCAAAGUCUUCCACUUUCAGUAGCUGCUAUGUUACCUACAGGUGCCCUAUUAGCUAGAAAUGCGGUGUUCACAGCCCACGACUGCGUCCAGCAGCUGCGCGCCUCGAAGGCUCCUGGUGACCGCUGCCGCAUCCUGAUCGUGGGCACCGGCGGCCUUGCUCUCUGGGCCCUCAGAAUCGCCUCUCAUCACUUCAAACAUGUACCAUAUCGCGACCAGGUCGUCAUUUCAGUUGCCAGCCUACGGGAUGAUGAAUUAUAUCUGGCUCAGAGUCACGGGGCAAAUGUCGUACAAUGGAAAGAAAAUCUGUACGAGAGUCAGAUCAUUGAAAGAACAUUAGAUGCUUGUGGAGGAAAAGUUGAUAUUGUAAUCGAUUUUUGUCCCAAUCUUCGUAGUCUACAGCGGCAUUUCAAUUAUCUUGCACCGGGAGGCAUUGUACUCAUCAGCGAGGAGACAACCGAUAGGCUGAUGCCGAAAUUCGAUGCCGACAUGCCCGAGGAGAUGUGCAGGCGGGUGCACUCCAUCGGGGAAGGGACUCUCGAACAGCUGGAGGAUCUACUUCAUUUGGUAGCCACUAAACAGAUCGAGCCACCUCCGCACACCGUAUUUUCGUCGGACGAGGCCGGCGAGGUGAUCAGAAAGUUAUGUCACUCGGAGAUACCAGGGCGGGCCAUUCUACGCUUCCACGACGUGGAAUAGGACGAGGACCGCGGCGGACAACUCGCGACGGUGGCGGCGGCGACGUCAGGUGGGUCGGGAGCGGGCAAACGACACGAAACGCGCCGGUCGAGUGAUCUCACAUAUUGUUAUUGAUAAUUAAUUACACAUUUAUUAUUCAUAGUGAAUAGCGGGGGGAAGUUGACAAAUAUGGAAUAAUAGUUUAAACCAUACAAGAUUAAACUGUUCGUUAUUGCUGGCAAUCAGAAUCACAAAACUAUUCUAUCAGUCUGUGUGGUAAUUAGCAUCACUAAUGAUCAUGAUCAUGUUCAAACAUCUCCUUCGAUGAGAAUACGAGUUUAGUAGAGCUAUUGGGGUUAAUAUUAAGGGGGUAUUUUGGUCUACAGGCAAGAAAUUUAUGCACUUUUUGAAAGACCAUUAAAACACCAAACAACAUUUUACUAUAUUUACUAUAUUUUUCUAUAAAUUAUUAAUUAUUGAUUUGAGAAAAUGAAAAACAAAAAUAUUCACAAAGUUAUAAUUCU